UCGGUGACGUCACCUCGAGCGAGAAGGAAGCACAGCGCUGGCUGGAAGCUGUCACACAGUAGUUGUGGUGAAAGCAGGAGAAACCCUUUCCGCACGCGCACCCAACUGUUGCGCUACACGGACGAACGACACGGCAGAAAAACAACGUUAUAUUUUUUGACAGCAACUUCUACCUACUCUUCGAGGAAUUAUUCUCUCGUGUUUCUGCAAUGGCUGAUAUCAUACAAAGCAACGACCAAUCCUCAUCUGACGUUGCAAAUCGAUUCGCCCGUAAAGGUGCUUUGAGGCAGAAAAACGUCCAUGAAGUGAAAAACCACAAAUUUAUUGCGAGGUUUUUCAAACAGCCGACUUUCUGCAGUCAUUGCACGGACUUUAUUUGGGGGUUCGGCAAGCAAGGAUUUCAGUGCCAAGUGUGCUGUUUUGUGGUUCAUAAACGUUGCCAUGAAUUUGUCACAUUCUCAUGCCCUGGAGCUGAUAAAGGGCCAGACACAGAUGACCCUAGGAGCAAGCACAAAUUUAAGAUCCACACUUAUGGCAGUCCAACAUUUUGUGACCACUGUGGAUCUCUUCUAUAUGGACUCAUACACCAAGGGAUGAAAUGUGACUCCUGUGAUAUGAACGUCCAUAAGCAGUGUGUGAUGAAUGUGCCAAGCCUUUGUGGAAUGGACUUCACAGAGAGACGAGGACGUCUUUACAUGAAGAUCGAGGUGAUUGGAGACAAAAUGCAUGUCACAGUUGGGGAAGGCAAGAACAUGAUUCCAAUGGACCCGAAUGGAUUGUCUGAUCCAUAUGUAAAGCUCAAGUUGAUUCCAGACCCUAAAAAUGAGACAAAACAGAAAACAAAAACAAUCCGUUCUUCCCUGAAUCCGGCUUGGAAUGAGUCGUUUACAUUUAAGCUGAAGCCAUCAGAUAAGGACCGUCGGCUGUCUGUGGAGGUGUGGGACUGGGACAGAACGACCCGCAAUGACUUCAUGGGCUCAAUGUCUUUUGGUGUAUCCGAGCUCAUAAAGGCCCCAGUGUGUGGAUGGUACAAAAUGUUAAAUCAGGAGGAGGGAGAGUACUACAAUGUGCCCAUUCCAGAUGAAGAUGACGAGGAUACUGAGCUCCGACAGAAGUUCGAGAAAGCCAAAUUGGGUCCGACCAAAAAAGCCACCACCCCUGUGGAUGACAGUGGGUCCAGUUUACCUUCCAGCAGUAUAGACAGAGUCAAGCUCACAGACUUUAAUUUCUUGGCAGUAUUGGGAAAAGGCAGUUUUGGAAAGGUGAUGCUUGCUGAGAUGAAGUCUACUGAUGAACUUUAUGCUAUAAAGAUCCUGAAGAAGGAUGUGGUCAUCCAGGAUGAUGACGUUGAAUGCACCAUGGUGGAAAAACGAGUUCUAGCUCAGCAGGACAAACCUCCAUUCCUCACCCAUCUCCACUCCUGCUUUCAGACUGUGGAUCGUCUAUAUUUCGUGAUGGAGUACGUUAAUGGUGGUGAUCUUAUGUACCACAUCCAGCAAGUGGGCAAAUUUAAGGAGCCACAGGCAGUGUUCUAUGCUGCAGAGAUUGCUGUUGGGCUCUUUUUCUUGCACAAGAAAGGAAUCAUAUACAGGGAUCUGAAAUUAGAUAAUGUCAUGCUGGAUGCAGAGGGUCAUAUUAAGAUUGCAGACUUUGGUAUGUGCAAGGAGAACAUUGUGGAGGGUGUGACCACCCGUACAUUUUGUGGAACACCAGACUACAUUGCUCCAGAGAUAAUAGCAUAUCAGCCGUAUGGCCGUUCUGUGGACUGGUGGGCUUAUGGAGUCCUGCUGUACGAGAUGCUGGCGGGACAACCUCCAUUUGAUGGUGAGGAUGAAGAUGAACUUUUCCAGUCCAUUAUGGAGCACAACGUCUCUUACCCUAAAGCCAUGUCCAAAGAAGCAGUUUCCAUCUGCAAAGGGCUGAUGUCAAAACACCCUUCUAAGCGCUUGGGCUGCAGCCAAGAUGGAGAGAGAGAUAUUAGGGAACAUGCCUUCUUCCGUCGGAUUGACUGGGAACGCCUGGCAAACAGAGAAAUACAGCCUCCAUUUAAACCUAAAGUGUGUGGAAAGGGGGCAGAGAACUUUGACAAGUUCUUCACACGCACACAGCCACAACUGACCCCUCCUGACGAGCUGGUUAUCGCCAACAUCGACCAAGCAGAAUUCGAUGGAUUUUCCUUUGUCAACCCUCAAUUCGUCCAUCCCUCCAUCGUUAACACUGAAUAGGAAAAAGAAGGAAUGAAUGUGAAUCUACCUACUACCCCAAAACUCUGCCCUUACCUUUACCCUUUUAUCUAACAAAUGUUAAACCAAAACCACAAUUAUCUCAAAUGAUGUCCUGUCUUUUUUGUUUAAAAAUCUAGCAAUUAUUUUUUCCCAUUUUUGCAUCAUUUCAGUGUAGGCCAGUCGAAGAGUUUACCUUAAUGAUUGAAAAUGAUUAAAAAAAUAAAAGACUGAGUAACACUCAAACUCUGUUUAGGAAGGGCUGUUUACAUCACAAACUGACCGUCUUUGUGCAGAUCGGUUUUUAAAAGUCUAGGAGGCCAUCUUAUCUCAAGCCACUGGUGGCUGACAGAAUGAUUUCACCACAUCUGCCCCAAGUCCCAUAACAGAUACAGAGUUGUGUGCUUCCUAAGACAGUCUUCCCAUUCAGGAUUUUUAAAGGUAAGCGCCAAAGCUGAUGGGGUUUCUGUCUUCCCCUUAGCACUAUACCAAUUUAUCUAUUUACAGAAGUACUUCUGGUGUCCGUUUCAGUACUCACUUUUUGGAGUCUCCAGUGUUUUCUCAUUGGAAGUGUCGUUAAAUGUUUUAAAUAAAAUAUUGAACAUCUCAGUCUUAUAUUUGCACAUAUUUCAGGUAUGAAAUGACAAUUUGGCACACCAGUUUACCAACUAGUUUGCAUUUUGUUUGUUCUAUGGUAAAAAGCGUGCCAAGAAUUGCCACAGUCCACAAGCCAACAGAGCUUUAGAUGCGUGAAAUUUUUAUGAAAAAUGUCAGGUUUUAACAUUUUUAAAAGAAUAAUAUAUGUUGGUUUAGUAAAAUAUCCUCUUUUUGCCAUAGAAAAUAUCCUGGACACAUGAGAAAACACGUGUUUGUGUGUGAGUGUGUGUGUGUGCGUGCGUGCGUGUGUGCAUUGUUAAUUUUUCAGUAAUGAGUGAUAUUGAGAAAGACUGAUAAAUCAUUGGCAUAUAAGUAAAUACUGAAUAGUAAAUGUUAAUUUCUGCUGUACCUGCAGAAUUACCUUUACAUUAUUAUGCUUAGAUUUAACAUAACUUAUUGUAAAAUGUAACAUCAUUAUGACACAUUUCUCCUCCUGCUGCUUCAAAAUUUUGCUAAAACUUAAUAAUACCGGCUAUUUAAAAAGUAUAAGAACCUUUUUAUACCAACUAAAUGUGACUUCAUUACAUUACAAAGGUAUGUCAGUAGGGCAAAUUUACAACUGAGGGAAACGAAUGAAAGUGAAUUUGCAUUAACAUAAAGCUGAAGUACAAUUAUUAGCUGGUUUACAUGUUUUAGUAACUUUCAUAGUCCACUUUUGUGAUCAUUGUCCCUUUUAAAUGUAAUUUUUUAUUAACCAUGUCGUCACACGGUCAGCUGAUAUAAUGCUAUUAUUCAGGUAGAUAUUUGUGUAAUUGUUGUUAUCAUUGGUGUGUACUGCUCUAAACAUUGUAACAUGACAUGGAAAUGACCUUGUACUUUGCAUAAUGUAAUCAAUUACAAAUGUGUUUUCCCCAUUCGAUUUUCCAACUGUAUUUUGUCAAAACACCACUGCCACUGCUUUUGGCUGUUAUGUGUGACCUGAUUGGAUUCCAUGGUUUUAAAGUGUUAGCUGAUUGGCUGCUGUCAUCCUACUAUGGUCUGAUAACUUGUCUGUGCUUGCAUGUUUAGGUAUGGAAAGGAUCCACUUGAAAAUAAUUGUGUGCAUUUUUUUGGAGAAUGUUUUAUCAAUGGAAGAUAAAUUUGAGAUUAUACGAUUAUUACAGCAUGGAGUAUGAGCCAGGCAGAUACAUACAAAAUAUUUUUUCUCUUUUCACAUAUUUAAUAUUGUAACUCUGAACUUCAUUUUAAAUAUUUUAAUGUCUUCAUAUUGUAGUUUGUGGUGUAGUUUGAAUGUCCUUCCCAUCUUUUGCUUCUGUUAGUAAAUCAAAGUAAGUAAUUCAAAUUCUUUAGUAAGUUUCAGAAUUAGAUAAAUUACUCAGAUAGGAUGAAUCAGCUUGGUUAGAUUUUAAAUCACACGGUUUCAGUUUCUAGCACUAAUAUACUUGCCAGUUUUAUGUAUUUAUUUUUUUUUUUUGCCACAUAACCACAAAUAUAUGGAAAUUUGGCACCAUGUCUGUAGUUUAGAUCAAAUCACUUCUGUCUUCUUUUGUUUCUGAGGAUUUAUUUCUUGCUGUAGAAGCCCUUCAGUGCUAAAUUAUAUUUGUUCAACUCUUAUGCAAACUCCCAUCUUUCUUUCUUUUCUUGUGUCUCCAAAAUCCUGCUUUGCGUCAGUGCCAUGCCGAACUCAGCAAGAGCAGCGUUGCACUAACUGCGUAGCCACAACGAUGAUUGCCAGUAUUCAAUCCAGUAUUUUGUGCACUAGUCUCAUGUAGCUGUACUGUUAACUGAAGGCUGUUACUGCUCCUGAGAUAGCAAUAUUGCAUCUCUUGCUCUGUGUAUCUGCCAACCAAUCAUGUGCACUACUUUGGCUGUUGUAAAGAAAGUUGUGAAGCCAUUUUUUAAAAAACAGGUUUAAUGUGGCAUGCUUUGAGUUUCUUCUACUGUAAGAUGAUCCAUCUGCCUUACCUACUCCUUACUAUUCCUGUGCUGCUGAAUGAAUGAUUGAAUACAUGAGCAACUGAAUGAAUGAACUGCUAAUAUUUUUGCUUGUUUCUUUGCCUCAGGUGUUUAGCUUUCCCUUGAAGGGAUGGUUUUUCCCAAAAUUAAAAUUCUGUCAUCAUUUACUCAGCCUCAUGUCAUUCAAAAUCUGCAUGACAUUCUUUCUUCUGCGGAACACAUUUGAAGAUUGUUGGUAACCAAAAAGUUACCAUCGACUUGCAUUAAAUUGAGAAAGAAAAAAAAAAUCUUGGAGAAAAUUAUCAUUUUUGGGCGAACUGUCCCUUCAAAUAUGCUCUAUUAGUCAUCUCUUGUCUUCAAAUAUAACGAAUUUUGAAAUAUUUUUGACACCCAAAAUAUAAAAACAAUGGAAUUACCUUUUCCCCAUUAAUCGGCAAUCCAUAUGUGUUCCUGUACUUAUGUGUUUGAUGAAUAUGAAAGCAAGAAUUUUGCUCCUCGUUUUAUCUUAAUAUUUUGUUCCCCAUUUCUUUUAGUGUUCUUUAUGUGUAGUUUGGUAUUGUACAUCACACCCUGUUGUCCUUUUGCUUUGUGUAUUUAAUCCACUUGUUUUAUUGACAUCUGUUGAGUUGAAGAUUGUUUUAUUUAUCAUUUAGAGGACAGAAUCAACAGAAUGCCUUAUUUUGCUCUCUUUCUGUCUCUCAAAUAGCAAGGUCCUGAAUUGAUUCCAAAGCCCUAUCUCUCUUCUUAUACUAAUAUCAUCCAUAACCAAGUAAAAUAAAACCAAGUAAAAUGUUGUAUUUUGUAGCAGUGUAUGUUAGUCCUGCCUUUGUUGUCUUAACAUAAUCUGUGCUUUUCCAUGCAAUCCACGUUGCCAUUUAUACCUAAUGUAUGAUAUUGCAAAUAAAGAAGGGAAAAUGAAA